CUUUUAUCCAACCAAGUCUUUUUACAUCUCAGGGUUGCUUGCUGACAAGUCUCUAGCAUGAGCGCACUAUCAUCAGGUCGGAAGACCCCAGUGGACCAGGGUGUCCAGAUCCGCUUCAUCAAUGACCUCCGUGACAACAGCAGCCAGUGGUCUGGGUCCCAGCCAAAGCCCAAAACUCAAACCAGCUCCAAAUAUGGUGUGGCGGUCAGAGUGCAGGGUAUUGAUGGCCAGCCCUAUGUGGUCCUUAAAGAUGGACAGAAGGGAGACUCAUAUGGGGUCCAACUCAAGACCCAGUACUCCUCUGGCCACAGUAGCCUUCCCCGGAGGAGAGAGAAGGCUCAGCCAGGAACACAGGGGUCAGAUGAAGGGAGAGGAGGAGGGCAGGGAGGGGUGCUACGCCGGGCUCAGUCCCAUGGAUCACUGCUGGACAAGGAAGGAGAAGGAGGGGCAGGCGAUGAGGAUUUUCAGCUGUCUAGGCCACCAGGGGAUGGGAAGUCUGGUAGCUAUGGGAAUCUGGACGGAGGAAUAGGAGUGAGGGGAGAAAGAGAGCCAGCUCAGCGUGUUGGUGUCAGAGAGGGGGACACGGAGAGGAAUAUCUGGGAUGGUUCAUACAAUGGGUCAGUGAGGGGCAGUCAGUCCUACCGUAACCCUCCUCAACAAACAAAUGAGCUUCACUCUGCUCACAGACAGACUGCUGGCAACAGACCAGAAAGCAGGUUUGAUGGUUAUACUGGAGGUCAGCAGAGAGUGGUCUCUCCUCCACAGCAGGAUCCCAGAGCUGGAUCUCCUCGCCUCAACCCCCACUUCACCUCACCUCCGUCCUCAACUCACAGCAGCCUGGGACGUAGCCAGAGUGCUUUCACCCAAGUUCCUGGAGCCUCCCCUAAUCAGUGGACACAUGCUGCUAUGGAUACACCGAAGGUCAGUUUGACUGAGGCACAAGUGACCCCUGACCUUUUGCUGGACCAGGUUCAGAGUGCAGAGAUGAGCAGCGAGGAGGAGCAGCUCUUACAGACGAUAUACAACAUCCUGAAAGAAGGGACCAACGACAGCGAUGUUGUCAUCAGGCACAAAGUUAAGGUCAUCUUUCAGAGGAUUCAGAACCUAAAGCCCAAUGAAAGCCCUGGGGACUGGAUGAGAGAAAAGAGGGAACUUGAGAGAAAGGUGGCUGGACUACAGACUGCUCUGCAAGAGGAAAGGAGAGGUUCUGGUAGCAAUUCAGAUCCUGCUCUAAAAGCCGAGCUGGAGUCCUGUCUGGAUGAGAAUCUGCAACUCCAGGAGAUGCUGGAUAGGAAGAAGAAGGAAUUAAAUGAAACACAAUCAGAGCUUACUCAGCUGCGUAUGGAUAGAGAGAAUGCAGAGUCCCGGGUCAGAGAGAUGGAGGACCAUCUGGCUGAGCUUCAGGAUGAGCUAAAAAGAGAUAACGGCAACAAAACGGCACAGGUGAUGGAGCUCUGCCAAAUGAAACAGAGGCUGGAGGAUACGUUAAGACAGAGAGAGAGGGAGCUAACAGCUCUAAAAGGAGCUCUGAAGGAGGAGGUGGCCACACACGACAAAGAGAUGGAGGUCCUCCGAGAGCAGUACAGUGCUGACAUGGAGAAGCUCCGGAGCAGCAUGGAGCAGGUGUCUCAGUCUCAUGCAGGGAUCGAGUCUGAGCGGCUGCGUGUAAACGCGUCAGUUCGUACUCUACAGCAGCAGCUAGAAGACUGUAGAGACGAGAGCAGCCACUGGAUGGCGCAGUUUCACGCCACCAGAGAUGAACUUCGAACAACUAAACAAGAACUCCUGCAAGCCCGUUUGGAGAAAGAAGAAUUUGAGGAUGAACUGAAGGAGCUCCAGGAGAAAGUGAGCACAAUGAAACAACAGAUACCAGACCCCAGCCACACACAGACUCUUAACCAGGAGCUCCAGAGUUGCAAUGCUGAUCUGCAGAAGGCCAAGUCUGAGGUGGAGAAACACAGGACAGAGUUUGAUAAAAAGAUCAUGGAGGUCAUAUCAAUGAAAAAAUCUCACCAGAGUCAAGAGGCAGAACUCAAGUAUGAGAUUGACAGGCUAAAAGGCCAGUUGCAGAAGUCCAAAGAUGACUUUGCGAAGGCACAGGAAAAAAACAAACGGCUCCCAGACCCAACCAUCAUCUCAGAGCUAGAGCAGAAGCUUGACAAGGCACGUAGUGAAGCUAACCACCUCAAAGAAAAACUUUCAUUGGCUGAGGAGGAACUGGAGGCCAGUAAUACACAUCUGAGCAGAGCUCAGGUGGACCAUAAAUCAUUAGAAGAUGCCAAGCAGGAGCAGGAGGAGGCCAACACACGUCUCAAAGAGAAAUUGUCACGUUUGGAGGCUCAGCUGCAGACCAACGCCACAGAGAGUUCAGAGGCAGAGCUUGCCCUCCACACUGAGGUGAGAGGGUUGAGAUCAGAGCUUGAUGAGGCCAAGAGAAAAGCCUCUAAACUGAGCCAAGAGCACCGUGAGCGUAGCCUGUGUUUGGAGGACACAGAAAAAGAAAAGGAGACACUUAAACAGACCAUUAACCAGUUGGAGGAGAUCAAGCAACAGCAGGAGAGAGCUCUGGAGAAACUGAAAAAAGAGUGUGAGUCUCUGACCGUAUCCUCAAGAGAGGGGACACAGGCUCUCAGGGUUCAGCUGGAAGAGCAGAGAGAAAAAGCACGCAAGGACAUGCAGGAGGUGCAACGUCAAGGAAACGAGGCACAGACUGAACUGGAAAGAAGCAAUCUAAAUCUAAGGAGACUGGAGGACGAAAUGUCACGACAGAAGAAGGAGCUCUUGCUUGUGUGUGAGGAGAGAGACAACCACAUGCUGGAUAAAGAGCUUCUCACCAACAGACUGCGCCACCUUGAGGGAGAGGUAGAGACCAGCAAAAACAGCCUAAAUGAGAAAGCCCGGGAGAUUCGCAUCUUGGAGGACAAGCUGAAGCGAUUGGAGUUGGAGCUGGAGGAGGAGAAAAGCACUGUAGACAUGCUAACAGAACGAGUGGCCAGAAGCAGAGACCAGAUCGAUCAGCUCCGCUCUGAUCUCAUGCAGGAAAGGUCCUCCAAACAGGACAUGGAGUUGGAUAAGAACGCCAUGGAGAGACAUCUGAAGGAGCUGAGGAGUCGUGUGGCCGACAUGGAGGGCCAGUCUCGCUCCUCAGCAGGGGUCUCCCAGCUGGAAAGCAAGAUCCAAGAGCUUGAAGACAGCUUACGGAGUGAGGAGAGAGAGAAGAACUCUAUGUUAGCGUCCCAACGUCGUCUGGAGAGGAAACUGAAAGAACUUAACAUGGUGCUGGAUGAGGAGAGACAAACACAUGUUGAACAGAGAGACCAGCUGUCUCUGAGAGUGAAGGCUCUUAAGAGGCAGGUGGAUGAAGGAGAGACAGAGUUGGAAAGGAUAGAUGGACUGAAGAGAAAGGCCCAAAGAGACAUGGAGGAACAGAUGGAGCUCAAAGAGGCCUUGCAGACACGAGUCACAGCUCUAGAAACUGAGCUCAAGAGGAAAACCCAGGCAGCAAUGCGCCCAGUUUUGGAUUCUGCCCUCAGCUCAGAUGAUGAUGACAGCUUUUAUGACCCCUCCACCAUCACCUCCAUUCUCACUGAGAGUAACCUCCAGACCAGCUCCUGUUAAAGCAGCACUUCAGAGAUGGGAUGAGGGUGGGGAAACAUAGCACUGCCAGGGGAUGGAAAAAUGAAUAAUGGUGUGCACUAAAGACAAUAAGUGAGGUAUACCAUGACCUGGGAGGUAAAUGACCUGGCAGAGGUUAGUAGGGGAAUCAUUUUCCACUCAAGACUGAAUGGAAGGAAACAAAACAUCCUCAGUAUUGUAGGGCUGUUCCCUUCACAUUGCAACACACACAGUACAGUUGGAAGAACUCCAAUGAAUGCAUGCAGUACACUACCAAACAAAAGAUACUCCAGCAUACAAAAACAAAUUACCACGCAGAGUAGUAAAGAGAGUAAAAAAGGAUUAAUUGAAAACAGAAGAAAUGCUUGUACAAAUACUGUCAAACCAUUUUAGGGUCAAGAUUUUGGUUUAAGUACAUAACAUUACAAAGUCUGGCUGUGACUGCAUAUUCAAAGAUAAUAAUGUAAGUUCUUGGUGUGGACAGUUUACAUGUACGUCUGAGAAAAUAUUCUUCAACUGACUGAACUCUACAUAAAUUAAACAAUAAUACUCAUGGUUGAAUCUCUACACCACCAAACACAAAGAAAUGUUGUAAAAUGACUGAAAGACAUGGACCAAAUGCUGAGUGCAUACAAGUGAUUAAAAAAAACUAUGAGCAAUGCAACACUAUAAUCUUUAUUCCUAUUUUUCUGAAAGUUAAUAACACAGUUAACUACUGCAAAAUAUUCUCACUGAAGGAAAUUUGCCUUUGGUUUAUGUACAACAAUAUAUUUUUUGUAUUUUUUUUUAGCUAUGAACAUGUCAUUCCUGUGCCUGACGAUAGUCUGAAACAGUUUACUUCCUGUAAAGUCUCCUGGUACAGAAGUAUCCUCUUAGUAAGUCUUUAUUCUCUAUUCACUGUGUCCUUAGCAGGGUUUUGAUAAAGGUAAAAAAAAAAAAAACAAGCUGUUAGGCUUUAAUUGUUUGAAACUUUAAGGUCAGAGUUUUUGAGUAACACACAUGAAAGUGAUUUUCCACUUUCAGAGCAAAAAUAAUGGCCAAAAUAUGUCUGAAUUGUAUCAUCUGUAGAAGCUGCACAAUUUCUAUGCAUUCCCUUAUAUGAAGACACUAAAACAGACUGUAAUUUCAUUACGAUGCCUUAAAAUUGUUUAAAGAAUAAUUUAUAAUUGACUUGUUAUCUUAAUGAUUUUUGUAAAGUGUUUGUAUGUAACAUUUGUAGAUUG